AAAACAUUUGGCACUGUCUUUUUCUUGUUGUUUCUGCUUCAUAACUAGGGGCAACCCAAAGGAAGCGACCAGACAUCGAUGGGGCUUCACCAGUUACAAUAGAUUACUAAAUAGAACCUCAUUUUCGUUCAAGUACUGCUCAACAGCGUGCAAUAUUGACGAAUCCAAACUGUCAGGUGACAUAACGUACGUGAUUGAAAAGCAAACAAUAAAACAAAAUCUACAAAGUCCACUGAUACAGCUGCAGUGCAAACUCUGUUGACUUUGGGAUGCUCAGAGCCUACUUGAAAGUCUUUGGGCCAUUUGUCACUUUAAUGUGCUACCAAGCAUCUCGCCUACCAAGUUUAAAUGUAUGGAUUUAAAUCGCCGAAUGUACUGUUUCAGAAAGUUAAAGCUAAGGUCCUUAACGUUAAAAUUAAAAUAAUAUACUAUCUCAGUCUUGCGACUCUGAAUGUCGAAACGUUGAAUCUGUUGUGUUGUAAAUUAUCCACUCAUGGCAAUGAGUGUCUACUUUUCGGGCCGAGUCUCUCACUUGAUCUCACGAACAGUAUAACCAAUAGCAAUAGUUUCUAAUUCAACAAACACUUUACGGUUUGUUGCAAUAUAUGAAUUUAUUUAAGAACAAUUCCUUAACGAGGGUUGUGAUAUAAUUACAGAUUACUCAUCCAAUCGGUUCAGCCUAACACACAGCAACACAAGUACAACAGUCAAAAUAUUAUAUCUCCCAUCAAUCUUCCAUCACAACAUCUAGCCAUAUCUUGAACAGUGCUCAACGGCCAUCUCUACCUUCCCAACCACACAACUAAAACUCACGCGUCAUAUCCCCUUACACAAUUACGUCACAACACUCUCACAUGAACGAUACAGCGACACGUAAAAUCUCUAACUCAACAUCUUUUCCCUAUCGAACAUGACAACAAUGCUCUACACAUAACGACCUUGAUUCUCAUACCCUUGACACUCUGUACUAAGAGAAACUAAAAUGUAUUUUUAACAGAUAAAAUAUUUCUAUUGCUUUUACAUUUUCCCAGCGCCCUCUGAAAUCUGGCAAGGUUUUCGGCGCCACCCGGGCAAUCCUAUCACCCCAUCAUCUGCGGCAACACCUUUUUUGAGAACUACUGUUCUAGCUAAACCGCUCUGUCCCAACCAACUUCCCUUCUCCCUCACCAAACUCACGUGGAACAGCUACACAAAAUAUCACCAUGGUGCUGUCAAUAAGAUCCGAUUUCAAUGUUUUGUCUCGAAAUUCAAAAUUUUUAGGGUAACUCAAUCAAUAAGUGAACAUAAAUUGUAUUAGAGUCUACAUUUAAGUACAAACAUUAACAUAAACUGUAAAGAGUAUUUAUGCUUAUAAUGCACCCCCCCCCUCCAAUUGGCUUAAAUAAAUUAUACACGAUAUUUUAAAAUAUCCACAGUGGCAAAAUUGAUCGAAUACGAUUCGCUGCGCCCCUAGCCAGGUCUGAAAACACCACAACACAGACUGUCCUGUGCUACGGUUGUAGCUAUGUUGCUGUGCAGAGAUUAAUACUUUGCGGAAUUCCCGUUUUCUGCUUUUUCACAUUUUAAGUAAGUUAAGAUUUCUAAAAUUUCUAGCCGAAUUUAGGAUAAAUGUAUGGAUACUACUGUUUUAUAUAUAUAUAUAUAUAUUUAUUCAUAUAUAUAAGUGCAAAUUUGUGGGUUUGUUUGUGGAUUUGUUUGUUUGUUCCACAAAGGCUUUUAAAUGGAUUGAAGGAUCUUAUAUAUCCAUCAUUAUCCAGAAUCAAAUAUUUGGGGGGGAGGGGGGGGGGGAGGUAUGAAAUUUUUAAAACAUUCCGUUUGGUGCGGGGGGGCCGAAUUCGUUUUUUAAUUUUAUGUUUGUUUGUUCCACAAAGGCUUUUAAAUGGAUUGAAGGAUCUUAUAUAUCCAUCAUUAUCCAGAAUCAAAUAUUUGGGGGGGAGGGGGGGGGGGAGGUAUGAACUUUUUAAAACAUUCCGUUUGGUGCCGGGGGCCCGAAUUCGUUUUUUAAUUUUAUGAGCUAUAUGAAUAAAAUGAACAAAAUAUACUCCUACAUGAAUAUAUGGUUCUUAACCAAACUUAGUACACAUACACUUGAUUAUCCAUUUCAAAUACCGAAGGAUAAUGAACUCAUAAUAUCCACUCCUUUGGGGGCCAGCGACCCCAUUUCAUGUUUCUUAAUAUAAGCUAUAUAAAUACCAAUAGGCUUAGAUAACACUAAAGGUUCCAUGUGAAUUGAUGAAUCUAGGCCUAACUUGGUACUAAUACCUCUCACAGUCCGUAUUUCAUACUCCAUCAUUUAUCUAUGUAAAAGGGAACGGAAUCUCAACGGGUUCGGGAUCGCAUCGAAAAAUGGGAUCCAAUCGGGGAAACAGGAUUCCACCGGGAUGGGGAUCCAAAUGUGUUCGUGAUCCCACCGGGAAUGGGAUUCCAUCGGGAUAUGUGAUCCCAUCGGAAAACGGGAUACCUUUGUGAUUGGGAUCCGAAUGGCACUAGGAAAGGCAACUGGAACGUGAUCCCCCCCGAGAUUGCUUAGGCAAUUAAAAGGUAAAAAACUCGAUGACAGUUAUAGAAACCCUAGCAACUAUAUCCGGCGUCGCCCGAGAUUGCAUUCUAAAAAAUACUUUUUAACACCUUUUUAGCUAAUAUCGAAAUUAAUGGCCCCGUAAAAAAAACAAAAAAAAAAACAAAAAAAAAAAAAAAAAAAAAAAAAAACAAAAAAAAAAAAAAAAUAGAAACCCGAGCAACUAUAUCCGGCGUCGCCCGAGAUUGCAUUCUAAAAAAUACUUUUUAACACCUUUUUAGCUAAUAUCGAAAUUAAUGGCCCCGUAAAAAAAACAAAAAAAAAAACACAAAAAAAAAAAAAACACACACGCCACUAAAGAAAAAAUUAAACUUUUACAUUUUCACUUAUAAUGAACACAUUAUAAAAUUCGAUUCGAAAAGAAUCGCAUUUCCCUUUCGAAAAUCCCGUUCGCUAGUGGGAUCCCUUCCCUGUUGUACUCAUACCCAUUGGGGUACCGUUCCUUGAUUGGAUCCCUUAUCCCAUUGGGAUUGUGUUCCCUGAUGCGAUCCUAUUCCCUAAUUGGAUCCCAUUCGUUUAUGGGAUCCAAUAUCCUGUUGGCUGAAAAAUGGCUGAAAAAUUCUAGAUUUAAUUUUAUAUAUAUAUAUAUAUAUAUAUGAAUAUAUAUAUAUAAGAAUGAGCUAGAGGGACAUAACGCCAAAAUGGAGAUAUGGUAUAAGUACGUUCGGAUUCCUAAAAACAAAUAAUAGUUAUUUCCUAUUAUUUUACGUAAAUCUAAUAAAUUUAAAUGCGAAAAAAAUAUUUUAAAUCCGCUUUCAUUUUAGUAAACGUUUAAGUAUUAUUAUUAUAAAUUACAAAUACAUUUAAAAUAUCAACUAAAGAACUAUUUUUGGCAUUAUAUGUGUUUAAAAGUUAUGGAAAAAAAUUAAAAAAUUAAAAAUCAUGAUCAAAGAAUUACACCGUAAUCACAUUUAUCGGGAAAACCCAAGCUUCAUUCGUUUAUAGUGCGUUUUUUAGUGCGUUGUUAAUAUUGCGAAAUAAAAUUUUAAAUCAAUUUGUUCUAAAUAAUUCUAAAUAAUCACGCACAUGACGUCAUAGCGCGAAUAGCCUAUUUCUCCAAAAAUCUUAGUUUUCUUUAAAUUUAAUAACCAUGCGUGACAAAGCAGAUAAAGUAUUUUCCCAUCUUAAAAAGAAAAAUUAAUCAAUACAAUCAAUUACUUUUUAAAUUGUUCAUAAAACACACACACAUUUCAGAUGUUUAUAUUUUAACAUUUAAAAGUUUUGCCUGUUUUUUUUCUCCAAAAAUAUCCUUCAAUUAUUAUAAAGGAAUAUAAACAAACCUUUCAAUAUAAUUCUAAUAAGAAAAUGCGGUUUAAGUCAAACGGUGCAGCGCAACUCCAUAGCUAAAUAGUAUUGACUAACCCUUAUAACUAAAACAAAAAAGAACGAAUUAUAUGAAGUGCACAUUAUUUUUGUUUGGGUAUGGAAGGGAGUAAAAUCAGGUGGAAGAUUUUUCUAAAUUCAUUUAAAUCUGGGUGGAGGAGGGGUUGGUCACUUGCCUCAGGCAGCACAUGAUACUUGUCAAAAUAAAGGAAUGAAUUUGAUAAAUAAUUAACCUUCUUGGUUACAUUCAUAUCGGAGGUAGGAAAUAGGAUGUGUACAUUUUUACUUGGAUGACAAUGUAUUUAAAUCCUAUGGUAUUACAUUUGGGAAAAAAGAGAUGUUACAUUCCCUUUUUACAAAUAUGUGUAUGUUCAUUUUGCUCAAGGCAGCAUAAGAUACGUCUCAAAAUAAAGAAAUGAUUAUUAUAAAUAAUUACUUUUCUUCCGUAUAUACAUGUCAGAGGUAGGAAAUAAGAUGUGUACAUUUUUACGUAGAUUACAACGUAGUUAACUCCUAUGGUAAAACGUAUGUGAAAAAAGAGAUGUUACAUUCUCUUUUUACAAAUAAACAUAUGUUUACCUAUUAAGAAAUUCAAUGGCGUUAACAAAUCUUGGGUACAUUUAUAAAAGUAUACCCAUGAAUUUCAAAGCCCAAUCAUUUUACACACUUGAGAAAUUUGAAAAAAUAGAGAUUGUUUAAUAUUUACUUUUAAAAUCAUAAAAUUUAUUUUUGCUUUUACUUUGCAAAAAGUAAAGAGAUGUGUAUUUUAUGAGAUUAAGAAUUUAAAUUAAAAAAAACAAAACAACAACACUCGCAUCUGUUAAAACGAUUGCGCGAUUCUUCUUUAGAUAAAAGAAUUUUUUGUUUUACGAUUUUCUGAUAAUAUAUAAUUUAAAAAAAAAAAAAAUGCAAAAAAUGUGUUUAAAUUUUUGCUGAAGAUAUAUAUCGAAUUCCUAUAAUAUAAAUUAUUUUGAUGUAUAUUUUAUAGAGUUUUCGGUGUAAAUUUAAGGUAAUUUUUUAAAAACAAUUUUUAGAAAAAAAAAGUUGUAAUUCAAGGGCACAAAAGGGUUAAAUCUAAAGUAUUUCUCUAACGUAGUAAUUGUCUCUCAAUUAACUUCUUUAGUGACAAAAGGGAUAUAAUUAGUAAUAAUUUAGACUGUGUAUUUUACGGUCAUGUUUAGAGGGGAAAAAAGUAGUAUUUGAGGGUGAAAGGGGGUAAGGUAGUCCUAUAAUAUUUAGCAGAUAAAUACUUCUCAAAACUUAAUGAUGUUAGAAACGUAAAUAUCAUUACAUUUUUAAAGUUAUGAAGUGUGAUGAGUUUUUGCAAUAGCAGUUAGAAAUUAUCGCAAAGGAUCUACCUUUAUUAUCCCGAUAACAUCGGGGUAUUUAUUCUAAAUAUAAACUUGUGAAAAAUGACUCCUCUACUUCUACGUAUUAGAUUUAUGAAUACGAAUUUUUUUUUUUUACUGCAAAAAGUCAUAAAGUAUAACACGUUUUAAUUUGAGUUAAAAAGAGAGGCCCGGUGUGGGCCUGUCCACAAAGUGCCAUCUUAGUCAUGGAUAAUACGGGGCUGGAGGUCACAUGAAGUCAUUCAGGUAAAUAGAGUUGAAAUUUUAUAGCUGUACUGUUAAAAUCGGUUGAAAAAUGGCGGCGACCUAGCCUUUGAAAAUUUUAGACCGGCCCGAAAUAGACUGUAUGCUAUUAGGCUACUUUUAAAUUCACCCUAAUUUCAUUAUUGGACUAUGAAACAGUGGCGUAGCUAGGGGGGCGCGGACACACCCGCUGUCAACAUCUCAGGGGGGGGGGGCACUCAAUUGAAAAAUUGUAUAUUUGCAGAGCACACACUGGUCGUACAACCGAUUUUUAUAAAUGGAUAACCAAUUACACAGUCAUUUUUCACACAUGUAAACAAUCCCAAUGCUUGAUUUAUUAAAAGUUGUAUAAUGAUGGGUCAGAAAUGAAGUGACCCUAUAAUUAGGUCAGAAAAACACCUUUUAAAAAUGACUUUUUAUCCAUCUAUAGGGCUAACCAGUGAUGUAGCUAGGGGGUACGAACCACAGUGGGUGACACAAACCCAGGGGUGACACCAAAUUUACAAAUUGCAUAUUUACACGCACUCAACGCUCGGUCUAAUGGAAUUUCUUAAAAGGAUAACUGAUCACACGCACAUUUUCCACACGUGUACCUUAUCCCAAUGAUGCGCCAGAAAAACCUUUUUGACCAUGAUUCAUCGCCUACUGAAGUGUUCGGUAUCUUUUAUAAAUGACAGGAAGCAAUAGUUAUAUAAAUUCUGAGAAAUAAAGCUUUCCACUGAAACCAAAUAUGAUAUGGUCGGACGAUUUCAAGUAAAUGAAUCGAAUUGGUAAACAUUUAAAGCAUCAACAAUGAAUUUUUACCCAUUUUUAAGGUAAAAAAAAAUAAUGUUUUUCAAAAUUCUCUAAUAAUUGUUAAUAAUUAAUUUAAAUAUAUUGAAAUUUUAAAAAAAAACAACAUGUUUUUGAAACCAAAUCUAUCGAAACCAAGAGAUCCUCAAAAAUAUUUUUUUCGCGGAUUCGUUACUAGCACCACCUCUCAACAUUAGAGCACGAUUGUUAACAGCACAAGAUCUUUUACAUGCUGUCUGUGAUUUCACGUUACCUUUGGGAUUAUCUACUUUAAGGAACUUAAUUUUAAACAGAAGUAUCUGCAGACAAAAGGCUUUACUUUUGACAAAGUGGUGACCAACCGAGUGGUCUUAAGAUUGUUUCUGCAUGAAAAGCGCUUUCACUUUGUGGAACAUGCUUUUGAAAAUGUACUUUUAAAAUCAGACUCAUAUGGAAUUUUGGUAGAGAGAACACAAAGGUUUAAGAAGAGAAUGAAAGAAGAUCAAUUUAAUAGAUGCCGCACUCUCUCUGCGAGAAGAAAAGAGAAGGGAGAUGCGACUGUGCAUUGCUCGCUUUCAUUCUGAACUCCAGAUCAAAUCAUUAGUGAUCAAGUAAGCAGCAGAUAUGUUUGGGGCUGUUCAACUCAAGAACUACUAUCAGCAAGUGAAGAAGAGUUAUUGGUGUGCGUUCCAAAAUUAACUUCUUUCUAUGAUGAGUUAUCAGAGGACGAACUCUCAAAAGAAAUACCUAGGCUUAGAAGACAUUAAAGGCUGUUGAUAUUGACUUUUACAAAUGCAAGGACUGGUCAUUAUUUAAUUUUUUGAAAUUCACAGCUGAUUGGGAUGUCCUAGAAUCUCUUCCAAUACUCUCGCUAGGCCUUCCAUUGUCCUCUUCUUCUAUAUAUUAAAGGCCCGCAAUCAAUUUAGUGAUCAUUCUCGGUCUUAUCUGUGUGUCUGAGGCAUCAUGUGAGCGGAGCUUUUCAAAACUAAGGCUUGGCUUAUCAAGACCUAUUUACGAUCCACCAUGGGAAGUCAAGGCUUUCUGAUCUGGCUCUACUAUCAGUUGAAAGUGAUACGGUGAAGGAUAUUGAAUUUGAUCAGGUGAUUGACAGAUUAGUAACUUUGAAGACAAUGAAAGGAAAAUGUUUAAUAAAGUAAAUUUAAUGUAAAUAUAGCUAUAACUUAACGUUAUUACUUAUUCCUCUAUAUUUCAAGUGCUCAUGAUCAAUGUAUUGAUAAUUCUUGCUCAUAUACAUUUUGAAAUACAGUUCUUAAAUGCGUUUACCUCCUGACCUGUAAUUCAUUUGUUUUUUGUUCUUGCCAUUGUUAUACAGUGGACUUAUUUUAACAAUAACAAAUCCAUCUUGAAAGUCGUUGGAGGGGGGCCAUUCUGAUUUUACCGCAAAGGGGGACACCGACCCUAGCUACGCCUCUGGUAUGAAGGAUUAUGUCUACCAAGUAUGGCCUAGAUCGAUCAAAUUACCGUGGAAGCACUUGUUAUUAACGAAGUCUAUGGAUAUUUAUAUAGCUCAUUUAAUUAAAAAAAAAUAAAAUUGGAGCCCCAGCCUCAAAAUAGUGGAUAAUAUGAGUUCAGCACCCUUCAGUAUUUGAAUAAGGAUAAUGAAAUGCAUGUUCAUUUAGUUUGGUCUAGAUCAGUGGUUCUUAACCUUUUUGGAAGUUCCGAACCCCACCAGUCCCAUACGCGCAUUCACCGAACCUUCUUAAUAGGAAAAAUAAAAUAUGAUUUUUUUUUUCUGAUUUUUUUGGGACCUCCGCCGAACCCCUGAGACUGAUUCACCGAACCCCUGGGGUUCGAUCGAACCCAUGUUAAGAACCAGUGGUCUAGAUUCAUUCAUUCAUACAUGAGUAUUUAUUGAUAAUUUUAUUUACAUAGGCUCUAGUGGGGAAAAUAGAAUAUAAGGCCUCCCUGGUCCCAAAUGGAAUACUAUGUAAAUUUCAAAACCUCCAAGUAAUUAAUUCUGGAAAGUGAAGAAUAUGUGUGCCAAAUUUAGUCAUGAAACAUCAAUCUAUGCCAUCUUAAAAAAAAAAAAAACAACAACCAAAAAACCCAUUCCAUGUUAAAUUCGCCCUUGUUGAGGCGCUCAUUCUCAACAUUUUCUAUGUUUUUGAGAAAACACCACACUAUGUUAAGGCGGGAUCAAAUAGUACUACACAACUUAAGGAAAAACCCCAGGGAUAUCUGUACCACCCCCACCCCCCUCCCCAACCAUACUAUGAGUCAGCGACCAGGAAGUAAUAAUUUUUAAGAAAACAUUUUAAGCAUGCAAACGCUUGUUAUACCAUAUUCUACCUUAACCUUGACUUGUAUUAGUCUGAUUAGUAAGCUUCAUCGCUUUAUCUAUGUAUAUACAAAUGAAUGUCUGUAUGUUUGUAUGUCUCGUAUGCGCUACUACACAAUUCAUGCGAUUGCGACAAAACUUUGGUGAGUUGUUGUCCACAUAACCGGCCAUUUAAUGGAGUAAUUACAACCUUUAUAAAAUUGUCCGUUUUCAGCCGUUUUUUUCCUUAUAUGAGCUUUGUACAAAAUAAUUUCCAUAUGCGCUCCCACGCCAUUUAUCAGAUAAAAUAUUGGUGAGAUGUUGCGAGCAAGCCCGAAAAGGUUGCUAAAUUAUUACAAUCGUUUUAAAAUAUUCAGUUUUGAGCCAGGGGCCCUAUGUUCUUUUUUUCUCAUAUGACCUAUAUACAUAUAUUUUCAAACCGUAUGCGCUCCUACACCAUUCUUGCCAUUGCGACAAAACUUGGUGAAAUGUUUAUGCAUAAGACCGUGCAUUUUACUACCAUUUGUUAGAAUGCAAUAAAACUUUGGAGAGAUGUUGUGCGCACGCCCGCAAAGGUUUUUUAAAUUAUUACAACCAUUUUAAAAUAUUCCGUAUUUAGCCAGAGGACCUAUGUUCGUUUUUUUUUCUAUAUAAGCUAAACAACUAUAAUUUCAAACAGAGCCAAUACACGGAUGGAUAGCUUUUUAAUCUAAUACAAACAGUGACAUUAAAUUGUGUGUGUAACAUAUUAAGUAGGUUUCUAAAGUAAUACAACAAUUCUACAAUAUUCCGUUUGUGGCCAGGGGCCCUAAAUUCGUUUUCUACCCUUUUAUUAUCUGUAUAUUUAUCGCAUGCAUUUCUAUACCAUUCAACCGAUUGUGAUAAAACUUGGUGAAUUGAUAUGCGCACUACCGCAAAAGUUUCUAAAUUAGAAAAAAAAAACAUUUUACAAUAAUCCGUUUGGGCCAAUGAACCUAAUUUCGGUUUUUCUUCUAAGAGCUUUAUAACUAUAAUUUCAAACAGAGCUAUGGCAUGAGUGGAUGGAGCUGAAUCCGCCGGCCAAUUUUUCUAAUAUAGUACAACCAUUUUACAAUAUUCCAUUUAGGGCCGGGGGCCAUAAAUUCCAUUAUUUUCUUAUUCAAACUAUAAAAAUAAAUAUUCAAACAGAGCUGUUUCAUGGGUGGAUGUAAUUGAAUCAAAUAUAAUAAAAAACACGACAUUUCUGUUUCUGUGUUACAUAAUAAGGAGGUUUCUGAAUUAAUGCAACCAUAUUACAAUAUUUGGGCAGGGGGCCUUAAAUUCGUUUUGUUCUCCUAAAUGAGUUUCAUCAAUAUAAUUUAAAACGGAGCUAUCAACUUUAUCGUCCUUGAAAAAAUGCAAACAGACAGCAAAUUUGUAGUAAAGCAGAGAAAACUCGUUUUUGCAUUUUUAGUGUACAGAGUAUUUUUUUGUUAUUUUUAUAAAUAAGUUUGAAUUUUGUGACGGAUUUUACAAUCGGAUAUGACGUUGAAAACGUCUUGUUUUUUAAAUUAAAAGUAUUUCUUAAAAAUAUAGUCUUAUAAUUUCAAAGUUGUUUUGUGUUAUGUAAAGACAUUUUACAUCAAUCGAUGGUUUCUCAAGUAAUUAAAUAACAUACUAGACAACGUAGGUAAUGAACUAUGGUAAUAUCGAGGUUUUUACGCUGGAAUUUAUGAUCUAUAAACUAAUGUGAAGCUGUACAACUGGAACUCUACUGCCAACAAUGAACGUACCUAUUGUGCGAGGUUAUCAUGUAAAAAGGUGGGAGAUCUUUACGUGUGAAAAUUAUCAACAUUAGGUCUAUCGUAUAUAAAUUGAAUCAAAUACAAACAGCGAUAUUUCAUUUUGUGUGUGACCUAACAAGUUGUAUUAAUUGUGAAAUGCCAUUGCUAAUAACAGAUAUCACAUGCAUUUGUAAUAUUCGUCACAAAGAAAUACUUUUGCUGUCAAAUCAAUUAUGCCACACAAACGAAAAGCUAUUGGUUUUUCUACACCUAAAGCACGAAAGAAAAAGUCAUCACGAGCUUCAGAAACAUUCGAGCAACGAGAGGCAAUACGGGAAACCGCUCGAAUACGCAAUGCUCAAACCCGUUCUUCUGAAACAUUCGAGCAACGAGAAGCAGGACUGGUAACCGCUCGAGUACGCAAUGCUCAAACCCGUUCAUCUGGAACAGUCGAGGAACGUAAAGCAAGACAAGAAACCAUUCGAGUACGCAUUGCACAAACCCGUUCAUCUGAAACAGUAGAGCAACGGGAAUCAAGACGCGAAACCGCCCGAAAAAGCAAUUCUGAAACCCAGUUGUCUGAAACAGUCGAGCAGUGAGAAACAAGACUGGUUUCCGAUAGAGUACGCAAUACUCGAUCCAGACGAACACUGCACGCUAAAUUAAAUCUUAGUGCAUUCCAUCACGAUGGUAAUCAUGAUUACAGUCUUCAUCUAUGUGUGGUUAUUGUAAAAAUGGAUCCUCUAUGCGUGUAUUGCAGUGCCCUCAUAUUUAAAAUGUAAAAAAAGAGAAAAUUUGCUGCGUGGGUGGGAAAGUGAAAUUUCCAGAAUUACAUUCACCACCGGAACCAUUAUCGACGUUGGUAUCAGGUGACACAAGCCAAUCGAAAUAUUUCUUGGCAAACAUACGCAUGUACAAUUCAUGUUUCCAAAUGACAUCGUUCGGUGCAACAAAUAUCGUACGCGAGAAUUACAUACCAACAUUUUAAGUGCAAGGGCCAAUUUUCAUCGUGCAAGGUCUCUGUUGCCACUGCCAAACACAGAUACCACGGGUAGAUAUAUUAUCCUCAUUAGCUUAACAUUUUUGUUGUGUUCUUCUAAUUCUGCCUUUUGGAUUUUAUUGCGAUUCUGUAAUUUGGGCGUUCUUCUAAUUAUAGCACUUGGUGUUCUUCAAAUUCUAUACCUUGGGAAGUGUAAUUCUAUCUUUUAGAUAUGACCUCCACAUUUAAUUUUGGUAAAGAUUCAUUUGCGUCAAAAUGUAAAUAAAAGGUAAUUUUAAAAAUUGGAUGCCAGAGCGACAAAGCUAGGGAUCCUAACAAUAUUCAAUUUAAUUAUACAAAUAAAUUUCUAUAGAAAUACGAAUUUGAAUUUUGAGCAAGAAAAAAAAAAGACUAUUUCAAAUUACAGCAAGUGAAAAGGUACACGCCUCAAAAAUACAAAUGGGAAUUUACACGUACAAUUAUAUAACGUCUCGUAUAUAUUAGGAGAAAUUAAAAACAAUCUCUCUCUUGCUCUAUCUCCGUGUUAAGAAACUUGGCCGCCAAUAUAUAGGGAAUCAACCAGCACGAUCUAGUUAAGAAAUUCUAGAAAUUGCGACACACGAUGACAUUCUUCAGAACAAAUAGAACACAUUCGAACGUAAACAACAUGUUCCCAACCAAGUGAGAGUGUUGGUAAGGCAAUGGAACAUUAACGCGGUGACGUCAAAAUCAAGGGCAUAUUAGGGGAGACAAGCGGUUUUGGCUAAAGAUAGAUCUAAUAUGAAAUGCAAAAAUAGGUCUAGACAUAUGCUUUACUAGGCAAUUAAUAAGAAUAUAACUGAACUUGUUUUAUAAUGAAAAAAGUAAUUUCUGAGAUACUAUAUUUAACUAUUUGAUAUCUUAUGGAUAAAAACAAGAGCUGUUACAAUUGGAGCUGUUAUGCCUGAAGGGUAUCAAGAAAAACGCUUUCAGCUUUAAUAUGCUGCCGUGUGCCAAGUUAUGCUGAUGACCAACAGUUUUGAAUAUCCAAGAGUAAUUGAGGUCUGAGAACUAUAGCAUUUAUUUGUGAGCACAAAUUAGGGAAAAAGGGAAAAUAUAGAAUGGCCAGAAGCGACAGUUGAAAGAAGUCUUGUAAUUUUGCCUUUUACAAGUCGGCUCUCCCCUUGGGCGAUCUUCUUACGCAUAUCGGGCUGGUCGCAUGGUCUUCCCUGAAAUAGGAAAUGCGUGGACGUGUAAGAGAGCGUUGAGUCAGCGUCACGUGACGGCCAAUCGCAGCGCAUGAGCGGAUGAGUAACCAGCCUAAUCGAGUCGCAGCGCGCCCCUUUGUCCUACUUUUUAAUUCAAUGUGUGUACAUGUGCUAUAAUAGUGGGGAUUACCCAAUUUAUCACAGACACACGCAUAGUACUAUACGCCUGUGUGUAACCCAUUUACUGUUAAGUGGCACAUUGCCAUACGCAUAACGAGAAAGAUACACGUUUCUAACAUAUAUGAUCGAUUACCAGAUGAAAUAAGUGGAAUUAAAUUGAAACUGUCGCAUAUGUGAGAUUUAUCUCAGUGGACCUCAGCCGAAUUAGAAGAGUGUAGGAUGCUUUAAUCAAUAAACACGCUCAGUAAAUAAACUCUGUUUAUUUAAAAUCUCAAUGCUGUCAAGAGAUGAAGUCAUAAAUAUCUUUCUUUUAUUGUCUCUAUUUCAGAUCACGUUAGUGUGAUGAUAGUCUUCAAACAAGAGCUUUCUUCCACCAGUUACAUACGUAAAAAUGUGUUUGUACCGAUCAAGUAAAUUAAUGUCAAUUAUUUUCAUAUAUUUUUUCGCCAUUUUGCUCCUUGAAAUUGAAAAUGUGCAAGAAAUAGGCGAAAUCGGAAGACAUUUAGUCCGCUUGAUUAAAGACCAUUGCAAAGUUCAAGAAAGAAACCGGUCAAUGGAGCUAGUCAGCAAGGUUGAGUCUACAAUGACGAUUGUUGACAUUUUCUCACUCUACUUGCAUAAAGUUCAAGGUCGAACCAAAGAUAAACGAGAAACCUAUUUGGUGUCCCAUGCAGAAGCAGAUCUUACAUCAACAUUAAGUUUUCCCCCCGAUAUUAACGAUAACGAUCUAAAUAAACUUUUAAUGUUUUUAACAAUGGUAAGUAUUGUGUUGUAUAGUCAAAACCUGCUUAAUCUGGAAAUACCAGCAUGUGGUGAGACCGGUGGUUAUUCGGUUUAUUCUCAAAAGAACUCGUUAUUCAAACAGCUGGUAUUUUCCAAUCUAAACACCUCCCUCUCCAAUCUGAAAGCCCGAGUGUAUAAUACGGACAUUAGAAAAAUCCGUGCACCAGUAUUUAAGGACACGGGCCGUUUUAACGAUGCCUUCAAGCAUCAUCCCUUUCCAGAAUGGUUAUUUUCUUUUGAUGGCAACGUACGGAGCACAGUUGUGAACUUAUAUCCUCUGCAGAGUUUUUUCCGACUGGCAAGUUUUCGCCCUCUCUCAACGACGCCAUCGUCCAGUCCGGGACUCUACUGCAAGCUGUCCAGCGCAGGAUUUAGAUAUACCCGCGAUUCAAUCGUUGUCUGUGAAAGUUGUAACAAGCGAGAAGAUAUUAAAAAUUUUAAUUCCGAUCCGAGUUGUCCCGAGUACCAUGAACCUGGCUGUUCAUAUGUUGCGUCUGCAACGGCCGGACCGAAACCUACACCAACACGAAGCGACGGAGAAUGUCGUGAUUUAUAUGUCGUAGAAAAUGACGGACACAACGGUGGAUCAGAAGACAUUGAAGCGGACGGAGAAAUAAGUUGCAUGUCAAGCCCACGAGUGAGUAAUAUACAAACUACGAACAAGGAGCAGACGAGAAAUCCCGUCGAGCAUUUUCCUAAGAACGAUCUGGAUAAUGUAAAUGAAAAUGUAAGUCACCUCGGCGAAGUAGAUGCUGGUUUUGAUGAGCUUCUCUCUUUGGGAUCCUCACUGAGUGCUGAAGCAAGCCUCUCAUCAACAAUUCACAAUGAAAGUUUUAGUGAUGAUGGUAAGUGACGCCAGAAAAUUUUCACGUUUUUUUUAUCAUUACGUACUUACGCCUUGAAGAGCAAAGCAUACAAUAAUAAGCUCACUUUUAAAGAAAUCUUACUAUUUGCGAUACAAGUUUCGUGAAUGCAAAUUUUCCUCCGUUCCCUAGAUGAGUCAUCAACUUCUGAUUAUUGGUCUUUGACCAGUGAAGAAACGGAAGCUUUAACUGUUUCACGUUUAAGAGAUGGCCCGCCCAACGAUUGGAUUGAACCGGACAGAAAUACAGGUUAGUAGCUGUUUUGAAAAAAUUAAUAACUUGUCUUACCAAUGAAUGUAAACACGAUACGCACCCUAGAGCAAUAUUCACAUAUAGCUGAUACUCUUGGUUGAGUGAGAAUUCAUGUACCUUUUUUUUCUGUACAACAGCAACUUUUGAGAAAUGUGACAAUCUGAUAUUUGUGGCAUGUUUAAAUUAUUAUAUACCGUUCCAUUUAAUUGGGACAACAACAGAUGUAAACACAUUCAUUACAACUUUGUUACGAAGAUUAAUGGACAGAGCUUAUAUAAUAAGCUAGUUCAAUAAAUAAAAUGGAAUGGAAUUGUGUAAUAUAAAAUCUUGAGCUCAGUUCAAACAUUCAUAACUUGUAGGUACACAUAAUUAUUGUUUAAUAAAUAGCCAUGAGCUCCUAAUUAUUGUUUUUGUAAUUCAUCACCUGUUUCAUAACUCCAGUUGAGAGCGAGUUCUUUGUUCCUGAAAGAGUUGGCGAACUUUACGAGUUGAACUUUGUCUUGGAGUCGGCGAAACCAACAUGUCAGAAGAGUCCUAAUCAUUUGGGAUUCGUUAGGAUGAGACAUUUAACCCUUGAAGCGCUGCCCAAAAAGAUAAGAUACAGAGAAGUUUUAAAUCUAAUACGGCACAGCUCUAGACUCGUGGUGAAGCUAAUCGUGUCUGUGACGAGCAAGGCCCGAAUGACCGACCCUAGUUCACUGGACGCAGGCUUAAGAAGGAGGGUAGGUACUGGAAGUCUAUUUGAGAAAAAAUGCUUCGUAGAUGCGUUAGACGAAACCGCCACCGAAACACGUAAAUCCGGGAAGAUUUUCAUAGAAACGCAUCGGAAUUUGAUCUACAAUGAUGAGGAGGCCCGAGGUUGUACCGCGUACUUUACAUUCGACUCGGACGCUAACUUGGGUCCAAAGAAGCUGAAGGGGGUUAGAAUUGAACACAGCCCGGUUCUGGGAGACGAUAGAUCUUUUCUAGUCUGCACAACCGAGGACCUUGCGUUCUUUGACCUGUUGAUCAGGUGGCAGCAGGAGUUCGACAGGCAGGCGGAGCGGCUGCCGCGUGAGAUUCAGUCCUGUUUAGUGGGUAGGGUCAUCAUAGUCAGCUAUCCUCACGGCGGUGAACAAAUGGUUUCAUUUGGGAAAUCGACUAGGAUGAGCUACGCCAUUGCUUCCGUUGAAAGAGAUGGGAAAAUGAGUCACAAUUUGACAGAAAUGAGAUACAACAAUCAAGGUAAUUAUGGAUAAACACAAAGUAUGGUUUUGUUAUUGAUUUUAAAUACAUCAUCUAAACUAUACCCAAUUUUUGUUUCGUAUAAAUCCUUUGUAGGCAUUAUUCAUUUAGUUAGUAUAAUGUCCCAUCCGCUUUUACACCGCAUAUUUAUUUCACCAACUUUUCCAGAAAAAAGCUUAAUAAAAUAUAACACAUCAAACAUACUUGCGCAAUUUUUUAAAAUGAAUCUCAUUUAGCGCAGUUAUCGGAAAUUUUAUUUCAUGAAAUCAGUGGCAUCAUAUUUCCUUUAUUUCCCCCCUUGAAAAAUAGGAAAAACAUAUUUUUGUGGGUUGGGGUGGUGUUGUUAGGGCUGAAAAUUUAAUAGCAUUUUAUGUCAAAGAGUCUAUGUGCCAAGUUUCAGCUCAAUAGGUUGACGGGUAGUGGGUCAAUUAGCCGGUCCGAAGAUUUUGCCCAAAACACACAAAAGAGAAGUUAUAUAACAUUUUUUUAAAGCUUAAAUAAUGAACAUAAAUUGUACAUUCGGAAUGCCUAUUCCUGUUUAGUUAUAUUUUAUUGGCAAGUACGUUAUUCAGAUCGAUUCAUAGUUAGCCUCAGAACAUCGCUCUUUACAUGCAAGGGAGUUAAAUUAAAAAAAAAUUACAUCCUUUUAAGAAGAAGAGUUGUGUUAUUCCCCCUGAAUUCCUAAAAUGUGUACUCGAACGUUCAAUGAUCUGCUCUUAGCUGGAUCUGACCAUCGGCUCUUCAGACAUGUGUUGAUGUACACUGCGGAUACAUGCCCUGGGUGCAGUGGCGCCCCUGUCAUUACAUUCAAGAAAUCCUCGGACCACUAUGCUCACGAAUUUUGGAUGCACCAUGGGAUAUCUGCACAAGACGACUUCAACGUCUCUGUUAUGAAAGGUAUUGUAUUGAUGUCACCACUUGGUCUACUUGUAUAUAAUAUUAUCGUUCGAAGACAAAAAAAUGCCGAUAGAGAGAUUAAAUUAAAUAAUACCUAAAGAGGUUACUUUUUUUUUUCUUUCUAAAAAGCAAUUUAUUAAAAUGAAAUUCAUGUAAAGAAUCACAUUAAAGAGUAAAUAUAUACUAUUUUGUAACAUUCAACAUCAUAAAGUACUGAAUAUAAUUAAAUAUAAAAUGACGAUGUGCAUCAUGACACUUAACGGUCUAUUUAAAUCAACUUUUCUCAGAAGGUUUAGAACCAGUUUUUCAACACAUCUGUAGAUUUCUCCUAACAUAAAUUUUGUUUUUUUUAAAAAAAGCUUCGUGCACAAAUUUAUAUAGUUAAGGAGUCCGCGGAGGUCUUUCAACAAUUUUGAGGACUCCUUAGAGAUGGGCAUCGAAACAAUUUUUAAAAGUUCGUGUUCGUUUAGGUUCAGUAAAAAUUUGAAUUCGGGCUCGCUUUGGCUUGGCAACUGCUUAAGUGCAUGGUUCGGUUCAAUUCGGUAGCAACCGCGAUUUGAAUUUUGCUUGGUUUUUAAUUUGGAUAAAAAAAAAAAAACGAUAGGCUACAUUAAAAGAAAAACAACAUUUGCGUUUAAAAUAAAAAUAUUGAAAUUCACUUAAAAUGUGUAGAAUAUAUUUUCUUUAGCUAUCAUGGACAACGGGAUUUAUACAAUUAUAAAUGAAGGGGUGGGCCACUAGAAGUUUAAUGAAAAAAUAAGUAAACAUAAAUGUGUAUUUGGGUUUAAUUUGAGUGUUUUAGGCUUAUUAAUAGUGCGAUGCAAAAAAUAGUUCAUUAAUCCUCUAAAACUAGAAUGCACACUGAGAAUUUCUUGCACAAUGGGUUUGAGUUUUAAACAAAUUCUAAUUUUGUUUGUCUCUGAAUGAUACACGUAAAUGGCACUGGAUAGAAAUAUUCAACUACAAUGUUUUAAUUUGUCAACAUUAAUAAAAAUUAAGUCUAUGCUUAAAAAUAUCAUUUUGGCUUUAGAAAAAAACAACAACAAAAAAAAACAACAAAAAACAACAACAGAAGAAGGCAUUGCAAUAUUUAUGUUUUGUAGUUUUAAUUAAAAUAAAACAUUUCUGGCAAAGUAGGGAUGUGCCAAAUUCGUAAAACAUUGUCGGUUCUGACAAGUUUGCGAUAUGCCCUUUCGCUUUGGUUCGUACUCGUUUAAUUCGGGUACGGUCGUCAGUUUGGCAGUAAGGUUCGCGUUCGGUGUAAUCGGUUUGGGUUUGGUUCGAUUCCCGACUCUAGGCUCACUGCGGUGAACGCGCUGAGAAAAGCUAAUUUAAAGGAUAUAAUUUCAUUUUUGUUGUUUGUUUUAACUUUGAAAAAUUUCAUUUAAAACCUAAAAAAAAAAAGAAUGACACGAGAUUAACAGCAACUGAGCCUAGGAAGCUAUCCUCGAGGAAUUUGCAGACACUGAUGCGCAUGUCCAGUGCUGUGGUGAAGAAUCAUGCGCACUUGAUCUGAACUUUUGAUGGUAAAGAAGUUCAGGAUCUCUUCAGUUGAGUAUGCUCUUUGGUUGCAGAUUCUAGUCCCUGAACAUCUGUAAUUUUAUAGAGCAUACAAUUUACAUACUCAAUCUAAAAAAAUAAAUUAAUAAACCAACAAGCAAACAAAAAAAAAAAAGAAAAAAAAACAACUACAAAAACAAAACAAAAUGCAACAGUUGUCACAUGUGUUUAUUAAUAACCAUUUUAAGUUAAAAAUAUUGUCAGGUCAGGAAGCCAAAAGAUUGUUUUACAUAGCGAAAGCUAAAAAAUUGCUAGCAAAAGCUUCUUCUAAAAAAAAAAAUAUACAUAUUUUUUUAAAAGUUGGAAUAAAUUUUAAUAAACAUUAUUUUUCCAUAGCGUUUACAGGAGAACAAAUUCAGACCUGCCGUCAACUUGUCCUUCCUAAGAGGUCGACACUUGCAUCGCCAUUCGUGAAUCAGGCUAUUAACUCGGCAACUCCUUCAUGUUCAACAUCCCAUUCAAAUUCUCUCCCAUUUAGACUGACCACCGCAGCGUACCCUGUUUAUGGUGCUUUCCAGAAGAGAUUAGAAAGCUACGGAAAUUGGCCCGCAAGUCAUAUUUUUAAAGAUGCAGACCUUGCAACUGCGGGAUUUUUCUAUGCUGGUUAGGAUAAGAAAAUUGUUAUUGUUAACUUUAUUUUUACAUUUGUUGGAGUCAAGUUGAUAAAAACACGUGAUUUACGUCCUGUAAUGAGUUAGCAAGAUUAGUUAGCUUUAGCAAGAUUCGAUUAAACUUUAUUCAUCUCUAAAUUUUUGCACACUAGUACUCUUAAUUCAAAUUCAUUGUACAUGUUACAUGUUUUACAUACAAUUAUUUUAUAGAAAUGUAAUCUCUUCCAGUAAGUUGAAUGAAAUAUCUUGCCCUUAGGGUAUACAAAUAGACCCCAAACUGCCUAAAGCAAUUGAUAGUAUUAAAAGAUGAAACACUGCUUAGUUGUUGUAGUAGUUGGGUUAGCAGUGUCUGAUGUAGCAGUAUUAGCAGCAGCCUUAAAAUAAAAACGACAGUAAUAAUGAUACUGAUAGCAAAAAUAAUACUAACGUUACCAUUAUUAUUAUUAUUAUUAUUAUUUUCAAAAUAAGAAUCACUUGAGUAAAAAUAUACUUUGUUCAGACAAGAUGACAUAUUAUGAAGCUUCAUCGCAGACUUAACUCAGCGUACACUUUUGUUUGUACAAGGUUAUGCUGACUGUGUCCGCUGCUUUCACUGUGGUCUUGGCCUGAGGUCUUGGAAGAUGGGAGACGACAUUUUUACAGAACAUUCGCGGCACAGACCGACAUGCGAGUUCCUGAAAGCACAGAUUCAUUCAAGAGCGAGUGCGAGCCCAACUCAAGAUUUUGCUAAUGGUCAGCGUUCUUUAUGUAAAACAAUAUUAAAUAUACAGUAGUUUGUGGCAUUUUGGGGGCUGGUAAGAGCUGGAAGUUUCACAACGAAGUCAGAUUGAAUACAAAAAUCGCUGAUUUGUGACGGAAGAAGCCAUUUUCAAAAAUUAUGUCUGCCAAGUAAAUUAGUUCAGGAGCUCGUGUCCGUGUCAUUAAAUACAAGCAAACGAAAGAACAGUAUCUAUUCCUGGUAAGGGCGGCAGCUUACCAACUUUGAUUUCGUAAUAAAGCAGUAGGCAUUAAGAUUUGUUUCACUAUUUGAAAAAAUUCAUUAUAAGCUUUCAAAGUUUUCCCCUAAAUAAUAAGUGGUCUCAGGAUGAAAGAGUAAAAAAAAAAAAUAAUAAUAAAAAAAUAGAAAUACAUACAAAAAAAAAACCUUAAAAAAAACCCAGCGCUUUUAUUAAAAUGCACAUAAAGGUAAGAAGCAUUAUUUUUGAGACACACAAAAAGUUUGUUACAAUUACAUGUCUAAAAAAAAUAAAAGUGUAAUCCCCAAACAUGGUAAGGACUAUUAAGAUUUGUUUCACUAUUUGAAAAAAUUCAUUAUAAGCUUUCAAAUAUUUCCCCUAAAAAAAAAAUGGACUCAGAAAGAAAAAAAAAAAAAAAAAAAUAAUAAUAAAAAAAUAGAAAUACAUACAAAAAAAAAACCUUAAAAAAAACCCAGCGCUUUUAUUAAAAUGCACAUAAAGGUAAGAAGCAUUAUUUUUGAGACACACCAAGAGUUUGUUACAAUUACAUGUCUACAAAAAAUAGAAGUGUAAUCACCAAACAUGGUAAGGACUGCUACCAGAAAGAAAUGCUCAGCAUUCAAGAGAGACUGUCGCUGAACGCCUUUUAAAUUUCAGACAAAUUUCCAAAAGUGAUCUCCAUGUUUCAGAAGCUAAAAUUUAUUUAAAAUCUUCAUGUUCUUAGACGCCCCACAAUGUUAAAGGAAAAAAAAAACACACAAAAUGUCGGCACAGCAGUCUCCAUGUUUGUUCUACCACCCUUGUCUCUUAAGUUUUUGUAUAGUAGGCCUACUCAUUUUAAGGGAUGGGAGUUUUAUUAUUUCAGUAGAAAUGAUCAGAACGGGACAGACAUAUUGAGAGGAAGAAUUAGCAAUGUAGAGAAAUCACAAGAUGCGUGAAAGUAAUCAGGAUUUGAUAAAAAGAUCUCUGUUUCAUAAGCGUGGCGUCACUUGUCUUAAAGUCGUAGAGAAUUUUUUUUAUAAAGUACUUUUGAAUAGUUCAGCUUUAAUGUGGAAAAAGUAUUUGCAAAUACACGUUCACGUAACUAAGAGAAAUAAUAGUAAAAUAAAAAAUAUUUCCGAUUUAUAUUUAGAUUUUUUGGGGGGAUACACGAAUCCCAUAAUAACUUAUAACUUACUUUGUUAGGUUAUCGUAUGUUCAUAACACGUUGAGCUACUCUGAUUUUACUCAAAAUUCGUAAUGCGUUAACUCGUUUAAAAAUAGAAAAAAUAGAGAUCAGAAAUGGUUGAUGAAUAUAGCUGAGUUAUAAAUUCUUUUAAGUUGAUAAAUGUAACAUAUAUCCACAAAUUUAGGACAAAAGUGUGUAAAUUAUAUUUUUAUGUAAAACUUUUUUUAAAAUUUUUUUUUUUACAUUUAUAUUUUCCCUCAACUUGUUUAAAUAUUAUAUAAGUAAACUAAACACUAUCUCAGAAUAUUUGUCUACUUCAGAGAUGCUGACCAACAAUGCUAGAAGACCAGUGACGGAUAGCCCCAAGACUCUGACCAUGAUGGUCACAACCGAACAAACCCCCACGCUGCCGCGACAUUCACCCAAUACACCAUCGAACGAAUAUGACAGAGGACACGAAGCGGAGGAACGCAUCGCGGGACUGACAGAAUCACUUCAGAACGUUGACUCGACCAGUCGGGAUUUAAAGGAUAGUCUAGAGAAUCAGAAAGGUAAGUGUUUGAAAAAAAAAGAUUUUUUUUUUUACCUGGUUUAAAAUAACCACAACAGAUCAGUUGCGCAAUAUUACGAAAACUAAAGUUUAACAGUUAUGUUUAAUUUAUUUAAAAAAAAAAAAAUUACAACAGAGACUGGCUAUUCGUUAUUAUAAAUUUGAAUGUUGCAUUAAAACUGUCUACAAACUAAUAUUGACUGCUAAUAUCAGAUACGUUCGCAAAGAGCACAAUGCAGAAUAACUUACUUGCACAAAAAAAAAACCACAAAAAAAAAAACAAACAAACAAACAAACAAACAACAACAAACACACACACACGCACGCAAAUCACGCCUAAAUGGAAAGCCAUGAAUAUAGACAACGUAACAUUCAAGUAUUAAGGAGAUUAUAGAGAGAUACAGAAAGAGAGAGAGAAAGAGAGAGAGAGAGAGAGAGAGAGAGAGAAAGACAGAGAGAGACAGAGAGAAAAUGUAUGGUUUUGAUAAUUAAAAAGACGACGUGACGUCGUUGAAAUAACACCUUAUCAUCUCCUGGCAAAUAAAAUCGUUUUCAUCUACAUACAAAAAUACUACCUUAUAUGCUCUCGUAUAAGUCACAUGAGUGCAUAGGUUGCAUACUUAGUUUGUGAACUAACAUGAUUUUGUUUACAGGUCAAUAAAACUAAUAUUUAUUUAAAAAAUGACAUGACAUUGGGGUAGAAAAAAGGUGGACCUAUACUUGAAUAUAUACGAUACACUCGAUAACACACUAGAAGAAAAACAACAGGAACUAUUCUUCAUAAGAUCUAAUCUAACUCAUUCCAUCGGCUCAAUUCAUUUUUCAAGGUAAAAAAAAACAACAUUUGAAUAUGUAGAAUGUUUCUAGUGUGGCUUCAUUUAAAAAUUAAAUCGGAUACACUAUGAGAAGACGCAUCCAUUGGAUAAUCAACAUCCUACUGCUAUAGCUUGUGGUUUUUUUUUUUUAGAUUCCGUAAGACGAUCAUUUUGACAAUAAUUCAGAAAAAAACAAAACAACUUCAAAUAACGGGAGUGAUCCCGUCGGAUGGCAGCUCCAUCAAAAUUGGGUAAUUUGUUCUUUGCUUAAAAUGCUGCUAUCAGUAACAGACAUACAUUUUGUAUCUGUGAAAUAAGCGUCAAUUGAUGGAUAAGCCGAACCGUGACCAGCUAAUUAUCAUGCUUUCAGGCCAGUGUUUAAAAAAUGGCAGUGGCUGGGGUGGGGGUGGGGAUUAAGACAUCAUACAUUUAAACCUGACUGAGCGUACGAUACUGUUUUGGACAACUGGACACAAUAAUGAAUAUUUGGAUGAUAAAUGAAGGACUGUGUUCAAGAUGUGUGAAGGAGAAAAUAGAACAAGGUAUUUGGAAGCUUGAAAUAGAAAAACAGGGCACAUGUCGUAUUCUUAUUUGCCCUGUCUGUCCCAGAAAGGCUCUUAUCCGAAACGUUCUUAUCUUAUUGUCCUGUCUUUCUAUUCAUAGUUUCCACAUACCUUGCUCUACUAUUUAAUAUUUGCAGGAGAAUACACUAUAAACUAUUACUUACAAUUCCAUGACACAUUGGGAUUUUAUUUAGAAAAUUUAGCCGAGCGCCUCCUGCAGAGGGAGAACAAUGUGCUAAAGGGUCAAUUGAUGUGUAAGGCGUGUCAUGUUAAGCCCAUUAAAGACCUGUUUUUACCCUGUGGAGAAUUGUACGCGUGUGAAGAAUGCUCAGAAAAGUUCUCCAACUGCCCGUCCUGUAACAAGCUCAUAUUAGGGACCGUGAAGGUCUAUUUUACAUAAGUGGGUGAGUUUGAAGUUAGCACUUUCAAAGUAUACAUUUUUGAAUAAAAUAUGUCCAAAAAAUAUAAUAAUAAUCUAGCACUGGUAGAUAUGCCAGAGUUGUAAGGUUCAUAUAUUAAAAUUUAAAAAAACAACAACAUAAUUUAAUUAGGAUGUUUCUUAAAGCAAUUUGUUUAGUAGUUUAAUCUUCGCAUAGUUUAAUUAAUCCGAUCGCCAAUAGGACACUAAAACUAGUGCCUUGCAUAAAAUUCUUUGGCUAAACUGCCAUGAAAUAACUUUUAAAAUAUAUACACGUGUAUUUUAUGAAACUUUUAUUAAUGAGUUUUUUAAUUAAAUUAUGUAUGUAUUUAUUAUUAUUAUUUAAUUUGUGUCUCUGUGUGUAUGUGAAAUCGUUUGUUAAAAAGGAGGCGUGGCCAAAUUUAUAAAACGAUUUCUCUAGCAGAGGAAUGUUUAUUAAUAUCCGUAUUUCUUUCAUUUUUUUUUAUUUACAGUCAUCAGGAGGUCUUGAAAUGAGCAACCGAUAUCAAUAUCAGAAGUUGUCACGGACAUGAAUAGUUUUACUUGCUCGCGUUAAAUUUUAACGUUUAAGGGAUUAGAUGUGCAUUACAUAUAAUGUGCGCACUUAUUUCUUUUCUUAUUAAAUCACUGUUAAGAAAUAUUUAUAGACCCGUAAAGAGGGGAGAGGGGUGGGAACUUGAUUUCAUUUAAGAACCAAAGCUGAUCGAUCAGUUCCUGUCGUAAUGAUGAGAGGGCGGUGAACCGCUCGAGAUUGUCCCAGGUGACACUCAUGGACAGUCGGCCAUACGCUAUUAUGAAAUAAAUGAUUAACCACACCACGACGAGCUGACCGGUCGUGACGGUCCCAAGUCCGUACGAGCCAACAAGGACGAUCACAGAUGACCCCAGAGGAAAGGAAGAAUCAGUUUGAAAAUUAUGUUUGGAUGUUCUUUUCAGUGCAGCUCUGUGUUUAAAUCUGCGUGUAGUUAGACUACCCGUUUGUUUAACUUAUAAAUCACAAUCAUUUAAUAAAUCCUUCCCCGGUUCACAAUCUUAAAUCUAUUGUAUUCCAAUAUAAAGCAACCCCUUUUUUCAAUCAUACCCAAUUGGCGUCCAUAGAUGUGAUGUUGUCACAACAGAAUGUUGAAAAUGAAAUUGUUCCGUGGACGCUCAUAAAUCUAUCCAUUACUAUUUAAAUUAAGUUUAUUAUUUUGUAAAAAAAUAUAUCUCUUUCCACCCGUGUCCUCUGCCCUAAAUAUAUAUCUGUAAAAAGUGAGUCUGUUUGUGUGCUUAGUUUGAAGUGGUUUUUUUUGGGGUUUUUUAAAGUUUCACGUUAAGAUCAGCAAACACGCAACAGCGACAUUAACAUGUGAAGCCACGUUUGAUCAAAAUGUCUAUGUUUAAGUACGCUGUGAGAUAAAGAAUGUCUGAGUGUUGAGUAACGAGUAAUGACGUUUUGUGAUGUCCCAGAUGAGCUUAAAGUGGGAGGGCCAAUCACUUCACUGUAUCUUUGACCUAAGCUGGGUCAAUAACUUCACUGUAUCUUUGAUCUAAGCUGGGUCAAUCACUUCACGGUAUCUUGGACCAAAGCUGUAAAGUAGUUUAAAAAGCGUUGAUCCAAUAUUUUUAAAAUAGUCUCUUGAAUGUGACGGGGUGUAUUUUCUCUUAAAGCCUACUUUAAGAUUUGGCUUAAUGUACCGUAUAACUAUUCUUAUAUUUCUUUAUGUAUAUAU